GUGAGUGGACCGAUCCUGAAGCCAUAUGCUUUUUCUUCCGCGAAAAAAUCACCCUCAUUCGAACGAUACAUUGGAGAAUACACACUAAGUGAAGUCGUAAGGCGAGAGAGAAGUUGUGCAAAGUACAGAGUUGACUCAUUCCCUGUUUUUCGCCAUGGAAACUAUGCGCGCGGGAAAUAGUACAUAAAGUAUAUAUAGGCACCAAGAAGAGCAAUGUGAAAAUAUAAAUACACGUGAAAUUGGAGACGUUCAUCAGGAAAAUACGCAUUGAUUAUACUUUGAAAUAUCGUUGUUGUUUUUUCCUCCGUCAUCUUUUUCAUGAACAGUGUAAAUAUUUAAACAGUUUUCUAUUUGUGUUUUCUUUUGUAAGUUAAAAAAAUGGAAUAAAAAACAAGUUUGUAAGUGGAAAAAGUGCUACCGAUCAAAUGAAUACCUUUAAACCAUACAAUGUUAUAAUCAUCAACUUUUCGUCUUAAGACUUUGCGUGAUAAUUUUUUUUGUUUAAUUUUUCCUUACUGCUCUCAGAAGUGCUUGUUCAACAUAAAUAAAUUUAAGAAUUUAUUACAUGUGCGCGGUUAAGUUGUUUUAUUUAUUUUUCUUCGUUCAAACGAAAAACGUGUACGCUUCCGUGGAGUAAUCAACUUUCGAGUGCGAAACAUCAGUAGCAACGAAAACGAAUUCCUUCAACCAAAAUUGAUUUUUUAUUGAUUUUAUUCAUGAAGAAGAUUAUGCAGCUGAUAAGCGCCAACUGUUUUAGCGACAUGGACUGAAUCGAAGCUGAUAUAUACGCUAGCAAAAGAAAGCGCGCUUGUAUUUUUUCCAGCGAUUUAAUUUUUUGUGCGCUAUUCGAUUAUUCAGGAAAUGAGAUGAAGUGGUUUUCGUGUAUUUUGCUAUUAGCAUUUGCAAUAACAGUCGCUGCUGGUAAUCCCGAUGCAAAACGUCUAUACGAUGAUUUACUUAGUAAUUACAAUAAAUUGGUCCGCCCAGUUGUUAACGUAUCAGAUGCGCUUAUGGUUAAAAUCAAACUGAAACUAAGUCAACUAAUCGACGUAAAUUUAAAGAAUCAAAUAAUGACCACCAAUCUUUGGGUGGAACAGACAUGGUAUGACUACAAAUUGAAGUGGGAGCCACGAGAAUAUGGUGGUGUUGAAAUGUUACACGUUCCAAGCGAUCAUAUUUGGCGUCCAGACAUUGUGCUGUAUAACAAUGCGGAUGGUAAUUUUGAAGUAACACUCUCCACAAAGGCCAUUCUAAAUUAUACCGGUUAUAUCAUAUGGCGGCCACCAGCCAUUUAUAAAAGCUCGUGUGAAAUUGACGUUGAGUAUUUUCCAUUUGAUGAGCAAACGUGUGUAAUGAAGUUUGGGAGCUGGACAUACGAUGGAUUCCAGGUGGAUUUGAGACAUGUUGAUGAAUUGAAUGGCACGAAUGUAGUCGAAGUGGGCGUAGAUUUAACCGAAUUUUAUCAAUCUGUUGAAUGGGACGUUCUAGGUGUGCCUGCCGUUCGAAACGAAAAGUUUUACACAUGUUGUGACGAACCAUAUCUGGAUAUAACAUUCAAUAUAACGAUGCGUCGCAAAACAUUAUUUUACACCGUCAACCUAAUCAUUCCAUGCAUGGGUAUUAGUUUUUUAACGAUACUAGUAUUUUAUCUGCCAUCCGACUCUGGUGAGAAGGUGUCAUUAAGUAUCUCUAUCUUGCUUUCACUUACUGUGUUCUUCUUGCUUUUGGCGGAAAUUAUUCCACCGACAUCAUUAGUCGUGCCACUACUAGGGAAAUUCGUGUUAUUUACAAUGAUUCUGGAUACAGUGAGUAUAUGUGUCACGGUUGUUGUGCUCAACGUUCACUUCCGUUCUCCGCAAACACACACGAUGGCCCCUUGGGUACGGACUGUAUUUAUAAAUCAUUUGCCGAAAUUAUUGGUGAUGCGUCGACCGAUUUACCCGUAUAAUGGAUUGGGCUUUAGCGAAGCAUCUCGUCGUUUUAUGAUGCGUACAUGCAAUGGUUUGGAGUUAAGGGAUCAAAUUCCACCAUUGCCACCAGAAAUAGCACUAUCAAACUUCGACUCCAGCUUACUACUGGAUCAUCACAUUCUGAACGUAUGCGAAAGGAAUAUGGAAUCGUUCAAUAUGAACGUAUCGUGUAAAUUACAUGGCAGCCCAAAGACCCAGGCAACCAACAGAAUAUCACCAGUCCAUCGAUUGCAUUCACUCGAUCUAAUGGACGAUAUACCGUUAACAUUUUGUAAAGAGACGAACACCAACUCACCCAUACUAACAACACCAAUAAUCGAACACAACAAAGUAAUGACACCAAGACGUCAGGUCAAUCAUCAAUUACAUGCACUAAAUGACGAUUUAUCAUCAAACACGACGAAUCAUAAGAAUAAAUCAUAUGGUGGUGGUGGUGGCAUUGGGGUUGGAAGUGGGAGUGGGUGUGGUGUUGGUAAUAGUAGUGUUUGCGGGAGUGUUAAUGGUAUUAACGUACUCGGUAACACAGCAUACAAUCCAAUGGAUGGUGGUAUGCUUGGUACGAGUAGCAACAGUCAUCAUCAGAAACAAUCAACAUCAGCAUCCCAUUCGCAUUAUAAAUCUUUACAUCGCUCGUUUAGUCAACAAGAGCCAACGAAAGAUGAUCGAUGCGCUGGCCUACGUCAUCGAUGGCAGGACUGUCCCGAACUACACAAAGCCAUGGAUGGUGUCAACUAUAUUGCGGAUCAUACGAGAAAGGAAGAGGAAAGCACCAAGGUUAAGGAGGAUUGGAAGUACGUCGCAAUGGUAUUGGAUCGUUUAUUUUUGUGGUUAUUUACAAUAGCUGUCAUCGUUGGAACGGCUGGCAUCAUACUGCAGGCCCCAACUUUAUACGACACACGUGUUCCGAUUGACAUAAAACUGUCUGAAAUCGCAUCAGCCACACUCAAGCCACAUGUCACCCAGCCAAUCUUAUAAUUUAUUUCAUUCUUAGAACACCAUAUCUCAAACCAGAAGUUUUUUCAAACACUACGCAAACACACACACAAACACAUUCGUUCUGAAUACGUGAAAUCAUGACUAUCAUAUGUACGUCAACCGCAAGUAGACGUGAAAUGAACAAGUUUUCUUUUCUCUCUAUCUCUCUCUUUGUAGAUAAACAAAGAUUAAUUUUAUAUGAAUAUAAAUACUUAGAAAUUGUUUGGCGACAGAAAAUUAACUUUACUUACUUGGGAAAUUAUUUAGCAAUAUGUUUCUAUCGAUGAAAAUUCCAACGGAGCAAAGUCAAUAUUUUGUUUGCGAAUUAGUUUUUUCUUUGUUGGCGGAAAAUGGUGUGAAUAGGGCAAUAUAGUAUGGUUAAGACAUGGUUUUUUUUCUUCGGUUUUCGGUGACUUUCACAUUACGAAAAUUGGUGUCGGCAAAGUUGAGGGCGGCUGGUAAUAUCAGCUUGAUACAUUACUAUUAUUACACCAAUCACACGGUUUUUCUUUCACCCGAAAACCACAAAAAUGUGUGUAAAUUCUUCAUCUCUAACCGAAACCUGUUCGUGCCUUCGGCAAUGUUAUAGGGCUAAUGGGCUACAACCACUAUCGUUAGCUACAACUUUGCCUAAAGGUUUUACUUUUUAUCUCUAUUUAUAUAUAAUUUCUUUUUUUCCAUCAUAAUUUACCAAUUUAUUUCAUUAAUCCCCCAAUUCAUUUCUCUUUUAACGCAUUUUUUCGGCCAGACAUACCUUCGGACUCAUCAACAUACGUUCAAAAGUUUCAAAUUGAAACAAGUUAACGCAAAUAGACAUAAAACUGUGCAAUACGUAAUCAACUCAAGUUUCAAAUGAUCGAUGAUAUGAGUUUUCACCGGAAAACCGGAUGUGUAAAUCCCACGUUUUGGUGAAAAAAAUUCGAUUGUUCACAAAUUGCAACCCGUUUUUAUGCAUAAAACCGUUUUAAUUACUUCGAGUUUUUCCUUUAUAUGCGCAACGACUAUAGUAGCAAAUUUCGUUUACCACAAUGCAUCAACCGCAUCAAAGCAACUGUAUAAAAUAUGAUUUAUUCACCAUGCCCACAUCCACAUGUUCAAGAUGGUUCUACAGCCAAUGGCCUAGAAAAAUAAUAAUUAACUGUGACCAUUGCGGUGAUUGUGGUUGUCAGACCAAAAAUCAUUUGGUUUUACCUCGCCAAAUUUAUGCACAUACGUGACGCACGUGAUCAGUGCUCUCGAUAAAGAGUAUUCAAUGCUCAUAAAUAAUUCACUGUCGCAACUUGUGCUCUCUCCACUUGCAUAAUGAUAAGUUUGUUAUAAACGAAUCAACAUGAAAUCAUCUUUUGAUUCACAGCCAUUAGUGUACAGUGUACACUAUCACUGAUUGUGUUUCACCCAAACCUCCCUACUCACAAAAAAGGGUUUCGAAGCUAAGAGUUUAAUACUGGUCAUAAUUGCUCACCCCCCCCCCCCCCCACACACACACAUUUGCCGAUCUAUUAUUUUGAUUUCUUUCUCGCUCAGUUUUCUUUUAUCGACGGAACGUUUUUCUCAUUUUAUUGGAACUAGCUAAGGAAUUUUAUGUUCGUAAUGAAAAAAAAAAAACAAACUUAAGGACGAGAAUGAACAAGAAAUGGAUAAAAUAUGAAUAAAAUCUAAUAAUAAGAAUUAACGCAUCAAUUAUUUAAACGUAGCAAAUCAUGUAGGCACAAAUCCAAUUUGUUCAACGGAUGUUGAUGAACAGAAGAAAGGAAAAACCAUCGAAUGAAUAAAUUCUAGUCUUCGUAGUUACUAAAUAUCAAAAAUGAAAACCAAGAUAGGAAGGCCAUAGAAAACCGCGCUGCGAACCCGUUUUUACGUUAAAAAGGAAUUAAAUAGAACAACGAAUACUGCCAUUUUUACGUUUCUUGUUUACUACGGUUCUAUUCAAAAUAGAGAUUAAUUCCAUGAAGAUUAAAACAUAAAAAUAGCAAUAGCCUACAGAGAAAAAUCAACUAGUGAAGAGAGAACAGAAGCCAAUGUAAACGAUGUUUUUCUGUUCGUUUAUUUUUUCAGUGUUCUUCGGAAUAUAAACAAAAAGAAAAGUAUUUGUAAUUUCUAAACAAACAUACAAAAACGAACAUUUUCUAACAAAACAUUUAUCCUUAAGAUUACAAGUUUUUAUCGUAAUAUACACAACAAACACAAAUACAUACACAUACACACACAGCCAAAAUGAUGCUCAGAUACGUGAUUGAUCCUAGGUGUGCCAGAUCCUAUCCGUUUAUAAAACGGAAUUCAACAUUCGUUGCGAUAGAAUAUUUGUAAUCGAAAUCAUGGAGAUUGCCUAUUUUGAAAAUGUUUUGUUGGAAGCA